ACGAGAAGGCAAACAGGAAGGAAAAAAGAGUUUUUAUUAUUAGUGUAAGAGAGAGCCAAAAAUAUAAGUUCCUUAGAGCUCACGUUUCUAUAUAUCUCCAACAUAGACCAGUAUUUAUGGUCUUUUUUUUUAUGCUUAUUUUUCUGCUUCUUUUUCAAUCUUUAAGAUCAUUUUCAUGAAUUCUCUUUGUAGCUUUUUCAUUUCUUUCCCACUUUUCGUCCACUUUUUUUCUCAAUUCUGAAAGAUAAAGUACCUUUUAUACAAUUUUAUUAGGCUUGAACCUUGAUAUAGUAUUGCAUCUUGCUGUUUUUUGAACUGUUUGGCCAAGAACCCAUUUGGCAUAAAUUAUUAAGUCUGAUUAUAAAAGAAGUGGUAGAUUUUACAAAAGGGUGUGUCUAGGGGCUUUGGUGUUUGAUGAUGGAGAAUUUUUCUGGAGUUGUUAAGGAGGAUGAUCAGCAGCAACAGAUGGAACUUCCUCCUGGAUUUCGAUUUCAUCCUACGGAUGAAGAGUUGAUUACCCAUUAUUUGUCUAAGAAAGUUGUUGAUAUCAAUUUCUCCGCUAUUGCUAUUGGAGAAGUUGACAUGAAUAAGGUUGAACCUUGGGAGCUUCCUUGGAAGGCAAAAAUUGGGGAAAAGGAAUGGUACUUUUUUUGUGUGAGAGACAAGAAGUACCCAACUGGUCUGAGGACAAACAGGGCAACUGCUGCAGGUUAUUGGAAAGCAACAGGGAAAGACAAGGAGAUUUUCAGAGGGAAAUCACUUGUUGGCAUGAAGAAAACUUUGGUUUUCUACAAAGGAAGAGCUCCAAGAGGUGAAAAAACAAAUUGGGUGACACAUGAAUACAGAUUAGAAGGAAGAUUAUCACUUCACAAUCUUGCUAAAACAGUGAAGAAUGACUGGGUGAUCUGCAGAGUGUUUCAAAAGACAACUGGUGGGAAGAAAAUUCACAUUUCAGGGCUAAUGAGAGGGAGUUGUGAUGAAAAUGAGGCUGACAAUUCUUUUUUGCCACCAUUGACAGAUUCAUCGUCGAAUCACGUGCACUGCUUCUCCAAUUUUCUUACUGCUCAACAAAAGAACCAAGACAACAACAACAUGAUCAAUUCAUUCAACACUUGUCCAAAUUUCCCUGUCCUCUCGAAUUCCAUCGACAUUUUCCCAAGAAAUUCACUUCCAAAUGCAUUCUCCUGGAACCAAACAGUCCCUCUUCAACACAACUUCCCUCAGCCAGGUUCAUUUCCUUUACAAGAUCCUGCAACUCUUAGGAAUUUGCUUGAGAAUUAUGGGCAGAACAUGCAGCAGAGUUUCAAGAAGGAAACAGACAUAAUCAGUGUAUCACAAGAAACAGGUAUAAGCACUGAUAUGAACACUGAAAUUACAUCAACUCAACAGGAUCUUGAUUGCUUCUGGAAUUACUGAUAUUCUUCGCCGAAAAAAAGGGCAAAAUAAGCACACGAAAGAAGAAUAAACAAGAACAGAGAUAGAGCUUCAGUAGUAGUUAGCUAUUAUAUGGUGUGGAAUUAAAUUGUUAUUUGUAUAGAUUUACUAAUCCCCUAAGUUGCAGUAACCAUAUUAUGUCCCAAAAACUAUACUCCUCCUACCACAAUUUUUUUUUCUUUGGUUGUCAUUUUUACACUUCCACUCGUCUCAUUUCCUCUAUUAGUAAUUGUGAUAUGGAAUUUGUAAGAUUUUUCUGUAGUACUUGAACACUAUUAACAUGUGAUUAUGUGAGAUCAGGUUGGUGGCUUA